AUGGUGCUCCCCCUCCAGGCUGUACCAGCAGGCUUUUCCGGGAGCUUCAGGAGGUCUCGGGCUUCUGGGCGCAUCGAGCACCCCAAACCCUCACCUCUGCUGCCGAACCCGGGCAGCCCAGCUGCGCACGCUGGAGACUCUAGUUCUGCCCCUUCAAAUGACUCCGUCACGUGCGGAGGCCCAAAGAGCCCCGGGAUACAGAGGGAGGAGGACCGGGAAGCCCAGCUUGGCCGGAGGCGGCGGCCUCGCGUUGCUGGGCAGGUGUCCUGGCAACCCCAGAACGCGCCGCCGCUGGAGAAGCAGGUGGCGGCGGCGUCCCUCUUGCCCUUGGCUCUUGGUUCCUCGGCCUGGCGUUCGACAGUUCGGCUGCCGGUUGGGGUUGCUGCGUCCAUGGACACUGGAAACUGUCCACGGGGCUGUCGACUCCCCGCCAUCUACACAGCCAUCUGCAGCAGUGAGCUGGAGAAGGUUCAAGAGAAAGGAGACUCUGGCAUGACCACAGGAGAGCGGAGAUACAGUACUAAACUCAAUGAUUUUCUGGAAUCUAAGGGAUGCUUUGCCAACAUAAUGUCCUCUGGCAGAAGGGUCAGCCCCUCAUCUUCUAUUGAAACAGGUCUAAGCGUCAGUGGGCCUUUCUGCCCUGGCAGAGGGUCUGUUCACCCAGACCCUGCUGCAGAUUUGGAUGUGAAAUCCUCCUCCUCACAUUCUGAUCACUCCUCUGAAACCUCACUGCCUGAAGCCCGAAAGGAUAAAUAUCCCCAGGAAUUCAGCCUGCUUAAGUUGCAGACAAAAGAUGGGCAGCAUCCUGAGUGGACAUUUUACCCAAGGCUUAGCAGCAACAUCCACACCUACCAUGUUGGAAAGCAGUGUUUCUUUAACGGGGUCUUCCUCGGCAACAGGAGGUCUCUAUCAGAGAGGACGAUGGACAAGUGCUUUGGGAGGAAGAAAUGUGUUAUUGAUCCCAGGAAUGGAAUCCCAAAGGCAACUCCAGGAGAUAAUCCAUAUAUGUAUCCAGAACAGAGUAAAGGCUUCCACAAAGCAGGAUCAACUCUCCCACCAGGGAAUUUUUCAAUCUUGCCUUUCUGGGUGAAGGAGAAGGCCAACAAGCUGAAGAAUGAGAUAAGAGAAGUUGAAGAGCUUGACAGUUGGCAGCCAGUGGUCCCCUUGCUACAGAGUUUGCUACCUGUUGGUGGGUCAAAGAACCUUCAAAAAGUAGCAUAG